UUUUGCAUCCGUCCCCUCCCAGAAAAGCAGAGGCUCCAUUUUGUUAAAUUCCUUAGUUUACGGUCACUGUCGACAGCCAGCCCCAUAACAUCGCAACAGCCACUGAAAAGAUAACUACCAACAAUAGCAGCAUGAGCGGUUGUCGUAUCUUCAUCGGCCGGCUGAGCCCCUCGGCCCGGGAGAAGGACGUGGAGAGGUUCUUCAAAGGAUACGGCCGCAUCCGAGACAUCGAUCUCAAGAGAGGCUUUGGGUUUGUGGAAUUUGACGACCCCAGAGAUGCUGAAGAUGCCGUGUAUGAGCUUGAUGGCAAAGAGCUGUGCAACGAAAGGGUGACCAUUGAGCACGCUCGUGUUCGUCUGCGAGGCGGACGUGGCAGAGGAGGUGGCGGCGGUGGAGGAGGACGUUUCUCCGAUCGCUAUGGCAGAGGCUCUCAGAACAGUCGGAGUCGAAACCCUCCUCCGAUGCGCACUGAGAACCGCCUGAUCGUGGAGAACUUGUCCUCUCGUGUCAGUUGGCAGGAUCUGAAAGAUUUCAUGAGACAAGCUGGAGAGGUGACAUUCGCAGACGCACAUCGACCCAAGCUCAACGAAGGGGUGGUUGAGUUUGCCUCUUACAGCGAUCUGAAAAACGCCCUUGAGAAAUUGUCUGGAAAGGAAAUCAAUGGCAGGAAAAUCAAGCUCAUCGAGGCAGCCAAGAAGAGGUCAAGAAGUCGUUCCCGGUCUGAAAGCUCUUCUCGCUCCCGCUCUCGUUCUCGCGGUCGCUCUCCCUCACGCUCCCCGAGACGCUCCCGCAGCCCGGUAAAGGCUCACAACCGCUCCCGCUCUCGCAGCGGUUCCCCCGCCGGCGGCGCCUCAUCCCCAAGCAACAAAUCAAAGGAGCCGGCCAAACGCUCCUCCAAGACCAGCAAGUCCGCCACCCCGCCCUCCCCUCCGCCUCCCCAAAGAGCAUCCAUGUCCCGUUCCCGCUCUCGUUCACGCUCCCGCUCUCGUUCUCCUUCUACCGACAGCCAGCGCUAAAAGCUGCGCUUCCGUUUUUAAUAAUGGGGAACCAACAGUAGAAACAACUUGUUUCAUUAGUAGAAUCAGCUCGGAGGAGUUGGCACACGGGAGCUCCUAUGAAACCCUCUGAAAGCUGAGACAGAGUUUGUUUGUUUCUUUUCCUGUCUGUAUUUUUUUUAUCACAACAACUAUCCACAAGACACAUCAGACAGGAAUGACUGAUACAUAUUAAGUCAGAUGGUCCAUUUUCAUCGUAGGGCAUUUAAAUUAAACCAGCUUAACAGGAGACACUCGUUAGACAGUGAAGCUGUUCGUCAUUUUCCGUCAUUACCCAUCGAGUAUGAAUCCUUCCUGGGCCCAUGGAAACGAUUUGUAAAUAAUAAGGCUUGUUAUGUUUACACCCAGUGACCCCUCACCUCCGAAUUUAUCCAUCCCUGUUUUUACAACGAGACACACACCACUGUCUGUCAAAAAAAUAAAUAAAAAUGCACAAGUGAACCAGUGUCGGGUUUCACUUUUUUGGGCUUGUAAAGUUACGAAGCUCUACACUUUGACAGACUUUGAAGAGGGAAUCUGUAUUUUUCAACAGUACCUGGAUGCUUUUGAUAUGUAGUGUGACCACUUUAUUUACUUUUUUUUUUGUGAUACUUUUGCUUGUUUUUGCUUGUCAGUGGAAGAAUUUUUCAAUUAUGUCCUUAUCGCUCAUGUUUUUCACCUCUUCUCCCCUAUUUUUCGACCUACUGUACCCACCACAGAUGGCAUGUGAUCUUUAUGACUACAUAGUUGUUUGAUCACUAUUUCAAAUCCUGUUAUUUAAAAUAUUUAAAUUUUUGUUUAAAGCUCAUACACAAGCAGCAUUAUGACUGGCAUUGGCAGCUGUGUACAAUAAUGCACAUUGUUCUACCAGAUAAAAAAAAGAAACUGUUAUUUUCAUGGAUCUUAAAAAUUUAGUUUGAGUGACAUUUUUGUUGUGAGAUGCAUAACUGUUCAGGUUAUGAUCAACUCUAAUUUCAACACUUAAAACAGUGUUGCUUACAUAAUAUGGUUUAUUUUACUGUUAUGAAAGCGUAUAUAUAUAAAUAUAUUUUUUUUUUGGUUUUGGAUUCGGGGUUUGUGUACAGCAUUGCAGACUUUUGUUUUAAGUGUUUAAAUGUAAUUCCAAGAAUACUUGUUGGUACUGUGACUGUUAAUGUGGUUCAAAUGGACAAAUAGACAAGUUUGGGGGAAAAAAACAAACACAAAAACAUUUUGUACAUAAGGGUUUUAUUUUCAGUGAAAAAUAUGGAUGUUUGUAUGGUGUAGGAAGACAAGUGACUUAACAAUAAAAUCAUUUUAACAAAAUCA